AUGAGCAAAGUACCAGCAAUAUUCAUCCACAACACAGAAGAACUCCCAGCUGAGGGCCUACUCUCGGAACUAAACGAUCUUCACAUUGACGACCGGAAAGAUGCGCGCGGUGACGGGCACCCUGCCAGCCCACAGUACGACAUGAGUUUCAGACAUGCCGACGACUAUGGAAAAAAGUUCCUGGAAGUACCCAAGCCCAGUGACUGUGAUUCGGACAGUGAAGCGGCUCGAGCUCAAAGCAGCACGAAGGCUUCGAGCGAGCCCCAAUGCGAAUUGACGGCGACCGAAUCAAUCGACCGCAACGGACAGAAACUGGCUGUCCAGAGUGCGCCACAUCUUUCCGAAUCCGAUCGCAAGACUGACGUCCUCGGUUUGGGAGUCUGGGCUGGAAAAUCACUCACGAAUUAUGUUAAAAAGACCCCCAUUGACUAUCGUGAAUCGCAAAGCCGACGACGAUCCGAAAAUCAUCACGGCUCUGCUACAGAAAACCCCAACCAUGCCUUCAGCAACGUAGGCCUCUCGACAUAUUGGUCUAAAAAGAACGUCGAGUUUUUGAUUCGGUGCGGUGUGCUUCGAGAGACCGAUGAUGAGGGCUGGGAUGAUAUUGUUGGCGAAGGGGAGAGGGGGCAAAUUUGA